AAAGCAAUUGCUCGCCAUAUGGGUGUUGACUUGUCACCAGAGGCUCUGGCCGCCCGCAACUGCAGAGGCAUCGCUGUUAUUGUAUAUGGAGCCCCAUUGACAGAUAAGAGCAGCACAGCAGCUGCUCUGGCACGUCAGUAUGGAGCAGCGUGCCUCUGUGUUGAUGCUGUGGUUGCAGAUGUGCUUCUUCAUGGCACUUCACCGGUCAGCCUGACAGCCAGACAUCUCUUUGACUGUGCUGUAGAGCAUGCUCAGAAGAAUGCUGAGGAAGCUGGUCGAGUCCUUGAAGAAACCUCUGGACUGGGACCCACAACACUUCUUGAAGCCUCAGAUCCAGAUUCAUCUACUUUUCCACUAAAGACAGCAAACAUGUGCGAGGACAGCAGUAGUGAAAAUGUCUCCGUGACUCCUCUGAUCACUGAAAACCAACGUGUUGCUCGAUGUCUGGGAGGAGAUGUGACCACACUGAGGAGUCUCUUGCCUGAGCAUUUGCUGGCUGAUAUCCUGGCAGAAAGAUUUCAGGCUCUAUAACGGAUCAGCAAAGGUGUGUGAGUCCACGUGCACAGCAGGAGGAUCCAAACGGAUCAGGAUCACAGAUUCAGAUAAGAUCCAGUUCAGGCUCCAGUCAUUUCCCAGCUCAUCCAGUCCGGAUCCAUUCAUAAUGGCUUCAUUUUCCCGACACAAUUCUACAACAGCUUUAUCCUCUUUGUUGAUUUUUAUAAAGCAUUUGAUACUAUAAGCCAUAAAUUUAUGUUUAAAGUCAUUCAGCACUUUGGAUUUGGGGAUUAUUUUUUAAGAGCCAUUACUACCUUAUAUAGGGGCUGCAAUAGCUCAGUUAAGUUAGCAUGGGGUACAACUCAGAGAUUCAAAGUUAAUCGUGGAAUUAGACAAGGUUGUCCUUUAAGCCCGUUCCUGUUCCUUCUUGUCACACAAAUUAUGGCAGUGCAUAUUAAAAAAGGUCAAUUUCAGGGUAUCAUAGCAUUAGGAAGGGAAUUCAAAUUACCACAACUGGCUGAUGACACUGCAAUUUUCA